AUGCGAUGUUCGGAAUCGGCCUCCGCCGAAAUCCCGGCGGCAAUCGCGGUCGGGGGAGGCCCCUGGGGCGCAGUGGGCGACACUGGCGGCAUGGCGUCGGGGGGAAGCGCAGGGGGAAGGGGAUCAAGUCCAGCAGUGGCGGCGGGACUAGGCGGAACGCAGGCGAUGCCUCCGCAUCUGGAUUUGCGCGGGGCUGCGAUUCAAACGUUUCCGCGGGACGCUGCUGGUGCGCAGACGACCAUUGUGCUCCCGAAUCAACGGUCGGAUGUGCUGCACUUCGCACUUGACAUUGGAGGCUCGCUCAUAAAGCUCGCCACAGGGGGAGGCGUGUUCAAGUACGCGGAUCUGUUUAAGGAGAAGCUGGGCGUGGCCACAGGGGGCGGGGCGUUCAAGUAUGCGGAUCUGUUUAAGGAGAAGCUGGGCGUGGUGUUGGACAAGGAGGAUGAGAUGCGCUGCCUCGUGCUCGGCCUCAACUUCCUCCUGCGCUCCAUCCGAGAUGAGGCAUUCACACACCUGGAGGGCGAGAAGCAGUUUGUGGAGAUGCACAGCGGAAACAUCUUCCCCUACCUCCUUGUCAACAUCGGCUCGGGUGUCAGCAUUCUCAAGGUGUGUGAGCAUUCUCAAGGGGUGCGAGCAUUCUCAAGGUGUGCGAGCAUUCUCAAGGUUGACGGGCCACAGCAGUAUGAGCGAGUGAGCGGCACCAACCUGGGGGGGGGCACCUUCUGGGGCCUGGGCAGCCUACUCACGGGAUGCAAGAGGUUCAAGGCCCACUCCAAAUCUUCUCUUUGUUCUGCACCUUUGCACAUCACAUUUGGCGUUCCUGGCUUUCACUCAGGAGGGGUUAGGGUAACAAAGCAAACCCGCUCGUCCUUGCUCUUGUCCCGUGUCUUGCUUCCUCACACCAUCCGCCCUUCCUCACACCAUCCGCCCUUCCUCACACCAUCCGCCCUUCCUCACACCAUCCGCCCUUCCUCACACCAUCCGCCCUUCCUCACACCAUCCGCCCUUCAUGCCACAACCAGUUUUGACAAGAUUCUGGAGCUGAGUCAGGAGGGCGACAACUCGGCUGUGGACAUGCUGGUGGGGGACAUCUAUGGCGGGCUUAACUACGAGAAGAUCGGCCUAUCGGCAUCUACCAUUGCCUCCAGUUUCGGGCGAGUGGUGGGCGAGCAGAAGCAGCUGUCAGACUACCGCCCGGAGGACAUCGCCCUCUCGCUGCUGCGCAUGGUGUCAUACAACAUCGGGCAGAUCGCCUACCUCAACGCGCUGCGCUACAACCUCAAGCGCAUCUUCUUUGGCGGGUUCUUCAUCCGCGGGCACGCCUACACCAUGGAUACAAUAUCCUUUGCCAUCAAGUUCUGGUCCAAGGGCGAGAAGCAGGCCAUGUUUCUGAGGCACGAGGGGUACCUGGGAGCGCUGGGAGCCUUCCUAGCGCACGAGGAGGACGCCCACGCAGAGGGCCGCGGGCUCUCUCUCACGCCCGGCAUCGCCUCGCUCUCCUCGCUCACGCCGUCGCAGCUGGUGGAGCGCUUCCCCAUGGGCGCUCCCUUCUCCAAGGGGGAGAUCCGCGGGCCCGUGAUUCGCGGGCUCAAGGAGAAGGUCUCCUGGGUCGAGAAGUUUGUUCAGCGCUUCCCCAUGGGCGCUCCCUUCUCCAAAGGGGAGAUCCGAGGGCCCGUGAUUCGUGGGAUGAAGGAGGUCUCCUGGGUCGAGAAGUUUGUUCAGGUGAGUAGGGAAUGGGGCAUGGGCGAGGUGCUUUGGGCUGGUUGGACGGGAAUGGGGCAGCUGGUGAUGCGCUUCCCCAUGGGCGCUCCCUUUUCCAAGGGGGAGAUCAGAGGGGCUGUGAUACGUGGGUUGAAGGAGAAGGUGUCGUGGGUCGAGAAGUUUGUGCAGGUGGGUGGGGCGUGCAGGGCGCAGCACCGCGCCCACAACAACAACAGGCAAGCCGCCCACUACCACAGUGCUGAGGGGCUUUGCUUUGCGCGGCCCAGGGAGCAGGGCAGGGAGCUGCAAUCAGAUGAGUCGAGUGUUGAAGCAUCUCAAACCUCAUUCGUGAUUGAUGUGUGUGUGCAGGUGGGGAGUGACAUCACGGCGCCCACACCAACAGGCAAGCCGCCAACCACCACGGGCCUGGGAGGCUUUGCACGGCCAAGGGAGCAGGGCAGGGAGCUGCGGUCAGAUGAGUCGAGUCACCGCGCCCACAACAACAACAGGCAAGCCGCCCACUACCACAGUGCUGAGGGGCUUUGCUUUGCGCGGCCCAGGGAGCAGGGCAGGGAGCUGCAAUCAGAUGAGUCGAGUGUUGAGGCGUCUCAAACCUCAUUCGUGAUUGAUGUGUGUGUGCAGGUGGGGAGUGACAUCACGGCGCCCACGCCAACAGGCAAGCCGCCAACCACCACGGGCCUGGGAGGCUUUGCACGGCCAAGGGAGCAGGGCAGGGAGCUGCGGUCAGAUGAGUCGGCGCUCAGUGUGGGAGUGCUGCACCUCGUGCCCUCACUUGAGGUCUUCCCCCUGCUGGCCGAUCCUGUCAGGUACUGUGGGCUCGCUUGCUGUGGGCUCGCUAGUGGGUCAUGCUGGGUGGGUAAUAGGGCGGGCAGGGAGCUGCGGUCAGAUGAGUCAGCGCUCAGUGUGGGAGUGCUGCACCUCGUGCCGUCCCUCGAGGUUUCCCACAGCUCGCAGACCCUGUCAACUAUGAGCCCAACACAGUGGACCUCGCAGACUCGGAUGAGAGGGAGUGAGUGGCGCAUGGGGGGGAAUGAGGGAGGGAGUGAGUGGCGCAUGGGGGGGAAUGAGGGAGGGAGUGAGUGGCGCAUGGGGGGGAAUGAGGGAGGGAGUGAGUGGCGCAUGGGGGGGAAUGAGGGAGGGAGUGAGUGGCGCAUGGGGGGGAAUGAGGGAGGGAGUGAGUGGCGCAUGGGGGGGAAUGAGGGAGGGAGUGAGUGGCGCAUGGGGGGGAAUGAGGGAGGGAGUGAGUGGCGCAUGGGGGGGAAUGAGGGAGGGAGUGAGUGGCGCAUGGGGGGGAAUGAGGGAGGGAGUGAGUGGCGCAUGGGGGGGAAUGAGGGAGGGAGUGAGUGGCGCAUGGGGGGGAAUGAGGGAGGGAGUGAGUGGCGCAUGGGGGGGAAUGAGGGAGGGAGUGAGUGGGACACAGCGGAGAAAGAGGGAGGGGAAGAGCGGGAAUGA